UUUGUUAAAGCGGAAUUUUACAAAAAAAAAUUGCGAAAGCUAGCACUCAGAGUUAAAAUACUUUCCCUGUUAUCGUACUCAUGGCUUCUCUUCAAUGAGAGAAAGUAAAUCCGAAGGUCUCCACGCACUUAUUGAUCGGGCAAGCUUAAAGGGUGUGUCAGGAUGUUUAGGACGAAGGAUGCUUCGCAAUGACAAUGUUUUUGUGUGUUCAUGCGGUUAAUCUUUUGAGCGAGGAUUCUCGCUCGAUGUAGGUCGCACCUCGAAAUCUUGACCCUGUCCCACUUGACGCAAAAUUAACAUUAGAACGAGGCAGCGAUGUCCCAUUCAGUGACGAUUAGAACACAAACAGUGACGAGCAGCUCGUCGACGAUUGUUGUUAACACUGGCUACCUGAAAACUUGGAGCGGUAUUUUAAAGUUGCUACAGGUGGCACUGGGAAUAGUUUGCGUAGGAAUCGUUGGUCACGAAUUUGGUCACUAUUCUGCUUAUCGGAGUACAGCAGAGCUUUUCUUUCUUCUCAUAACGACUACUUUUAUGAUUGGCACUUUCAUCCUUCUCCUCAGUUGCGUGACGUCUUUUUCCACUGCAUCUAUUAUAUCUAAAACUAUUCAUGAACUCAUUUAUCAUUCCAUUGCAUUUGGAUUAUUACUUGCGGCCUCGUUGACACUCUUGGUGCACAUCAAUAACUAUAGACGUUAUAACUAUGAACUGGUAUUAGGCGCAUCCAUUUGCGGUCUGGUAAACGCGGGCUUAUAUCUCUUCAGCACAAUCAUCGCUCUUCGUACUUACAGAGCGGUCUAAACGCUCGAAUUAUGCGAGUGUUACCAAAAGUGAAAACAGAUUCAUCAUAUGCGAAUCAUGGCAAAAUGUUUUACAUGUAAAGCAUGUAUAUUUUAGGAAUCGUAAUAUUUGUUACAACAAUUAAAUUAAUUAAAUUAAUUAAUUAAUUAAAUUAAUUAAAUUAAUGUGUAAAUUGUACAACGAAUUUUGACUGUUGGAUAACAUUCAAUACUUGGCGAGUAUCGAAAAAGGUAGAAUACUUUUAUGUUGGCAAAGAAUAUUUUUGUUAUAUUUUAUAAAAUUAUAUAGCAUUCACAUAUUUUUUACUUUUAUACAACGAUUAUUAGUUCUCAGACAAAAUUGCGAGAUUGUAAUAUUCACUAAAUAUUAUUUAUGUUAUCUGUUCUAAUUAUUGUAAAUGAAGUUGGAAAAUUAUAAUUUUUUAUAACAUAAAAAUUAAAAAAAUACGCGAUCUUCAUGUUACCUCAAAUCUCAUCUGAACUUUACUCUUGUACUCUUGUACUCUUGGAUAUUUUGUAUUAAUAUGCGCUACAUACGUUUAUAUUAUUGGAUUACUACGAUUGUGUGAUUGCGAUCAAUAUUCUCUUACAGAAUCUAUACUUAAUAUAAAUCUAUUUAUUUUAUAUGUGUAUAUGAUAUUUAUACUUCUCAAAUAAAUAACUAAGAAAAAAUAUAAAUUUCUAUCAAGAUUUACACAGAGUUUCGAAUGAUUGUGUAAUUAACAUCUUUAAUCAAAUUUGUAUUGCAUUUAAAAGAAAAUGUUAUUAUUUUUAAACGAGAGUUUUGUACGAGAAUUUAUAAGACAGUUUAAAAAGAAAGAAAGAUAUAUAGAUAAAAUUUAGUUGCUUUUGUAAGAAAGUUAUUUAUGUUUUUACGAGAUAUCUUUAGAUUCCUUUUUUAAAGGAAAUUUAACAAAAUUUAUCUGCUACUGUACGACAUGCCAUAUCGCUUCGGUACAUAUACCUGAAUCCAAUGAUGAAUAAACACACACACACACACAUUA